AUGUGGGAUAGGGCUGCCAACUACAUCACGAAGACUGCUAGAGAAGUGUUGGGUGUUUUGAGAGGUCAGCCAGGUCGUCAUAAGGGGUACUGGUGGUGGAAUAAAGAAGUAAAGAGUAAAGUGGAGACCAAGAAGGAGACGUAUGUUAGGUUGAUUGAGAGUAAAGACAAAGAGGAGAAACGGCUGAAUAUGGAGGCUUACAAAGUAUCUAGGAAGGAGGCAAAGUUAGCAAUUACGGCUGCUAAGUCAGCAGUGUUUGAGAGCUUAUAUGAGGGUUUAGAAGAGAAAGGCGGGAAAAAGAGGUUGUAUAGGCUGGCUAAGGAUAGAGAGUGGAAGGGUUGUGACCUCGACCAAGUAAAGUACAUUAAGGGAGAGGAUGGUAGUGUUUUAGAGGAGGAUGCUCAUAUUAAGAAGAGAUGGCAGAAGUGCUUUCAUAUCCUUUUAAACAAGGAAGGGGACAGAGGUAUUGAGUUAGGGGAGUUGGAGCACUUAGAGGAGAGUCGCGAUUUCUGUUACUGUAGGAAUUUUAAGGUUGAAGAGGUAAGGGAGGUUAUUCGUGGGACACGGAGGAGUAGGGCGAUGGGGCCUGACGAGAUCCCGGUGAACUUUUGGAAGUAUACAGGUGAGGUUGGUUUAAGGUGGUUGAUUGAUUUGUUUAACAGUAUUUUCAAGACUACGAGAAUGCCUGAGGCUUGA